AUGACCGGCCUCUCCAACGGGCACGUCGGCAAGCGCAAGGCGGGCGAUAUCACCUUCGACGAAGUCGACGGCUUCAGCGCCGCCCAGCUUUUCGGCCAGGGCGUCUGCUACACCUACGAUGAUGUCAUCUUCCACCCCGGUCACAUCGACUUCCCCGCGACCGACGUGGACCUCACGACCAAGCUGACUCGCAAUAUCAGCAUCCGCACCCCCAUCGUCUCCUCUCCCAUGGACACCGUCACCGAAUCCGACAUGGCGAUCGCCAUGGCCUCCGUGGGCGGCGCCGGCUUCCUCCACUACAACAUGACCCAGGACGAGCAGGUUGCCCACCUCAAGGCUGUCAAGGCGCACAGGCUCGGGUACGUCACCCGACCGGAGGUUCGCGGCCCCGACGCCACCCUCGCCGAGUGCGACGCCCUCGCCACCUCCCGUGGGUUCACCUCCGUCGUCGUCACCGACACCGGCAUCAUCGGCGGCAAGCUCCUCGGCUUGGUCAGCUCCCGCGACGGCGACCUCGUGAUGGACCGAUCCACCAAGCUCAAGGACGUCAUGACCAAGGCUGCUGACCUCGUCACCGGCAAGGCGUCCGACGCCAUCGAGAAGCUCGAGGACGCUCUCCUCGCGUCCAAGAAGGGUAAGCUCCCGGUGGUCAACGACAAGGGCGAGCUCGUGGGCUUGAUGACCCGCGCGUCGGUCAAGACGAAGAAGCUCCUCCCCCCCCCGGGCGCUCCUUCUCUGGACAAGAAGGGCCGCCUCCUGUGCGGCGCCGCGAUCGGCACCCGCCCGGCGGACAAGGACCGCGCCAAGGCUCUCGUCGCGGAGGGCCUGGACAUGGUCAUUCUCGACUCCUCCCAGGGUGACUCCGUCUACCAGAUUGAGAUGAUCAAGUGGCUCAAGGACAACCUCCCCGAGCUCGACGUCAUCGGCGGCAACGUCGUGACCCAAGUCCAGGCGAAGAGGCUCCUCGAGGCUGGAGCCGAUGGUCUCCGCGUCGGCAUGGGUUCCGGCUCCAUCUGCACCACGCAGGAGGUGUGCGCGGUGGGCCGCGGCCAGGCGACCGCGGUCUACAAGUGUGCCAACCUCGCGUCACAGUUUGGCGUUCCCAUCAUCGCCGACGGAGGCAUCCAGAACUCUGGCCACAUCACCAAGGCGCUCACCCUGGGAGCGUCCGUGGCGAUGUGCGGCUCCAUGUUCGCCGGUACCACCGAGGCUCCCGGCGAAUAUUUCUACGACAACGGUGUGCGCGUGAAGAAGUACCGCGGCAUGGGUUCCCUCGACGCCAUGGCGAAGGGCUCCGACACUCGCUACCUCAGCGAGAGCGGCCACCUCAAGGUGGCCCAGGGCGUGAGUGGCACCGUGAAGGACAAGGGACCCGUGAUGAAAAUGGUCCCUUAUCUCACCCACGGUGUGAAGCAGGGCUUCCAGGACAUGGGUGCCAAGUCCAUGGAGCACGCGACGGAGCUCAGGAAUGAGGGUUCCAUGCGCAUGGAGACCCGCACGGGUGCGGCGCAGAAGGAGGGUGGCGUGCACGACAUGCACUCCUACAAGAAGGUCGCCUGGUAAAUCGAAGCGCUCGAUGCCGCGUGUACAAAGCACAAGCACUAUUCCGGUCGCCGCGACCGCCAUUUCCCUAUUAAUAUAACAAUGCGAGUGACAGGAGUUGCCUU